CGUCUUUUGGGUUGGUCAGUCUACCAAGGAAACUCGACGUGUUCACAACAUAAACGGAAAUACUUUGAAUCUGACUGAAACAUUUCCAUAUACAUUCUCAGUUUGUUUGACUACGCAGAUUAUUAUUUACUUAAUAUAAUGAUAAAGAAUAAGAUAGCAGACGACAAGUUUGAUACGCUUGUCUCCAAGUCCUCUGUUCCAAUCAUUGAUCUCGCCCAUUGUGGAAAAACGGUAGUCAACCGAGUGGGUCAACAACUUCAUAAGGCUUUCACCGAAAAGGGAAUUGCUUUUUUGGUUAAUCAUGGAAUAGCUGAAGAGAAGAUUAAAGCAGUUUGGGAUCAGUUCGAUAAUUUUUUGGACUUACCACCUGAGAUCCAGGACCGCUAUAGACGAAGGAAUGGCGUUAAUUUUGGCUAUGUGAGUCCUGGAGUGGAACGAUUUGAUGGAAAAACACCGGAACUUAGACAUACCUACAAUAUUUGUAAACUGGACGAUCAAAAUCUUCCCAGAGAGCCCUUGCCGGAUUUUGCAGAUGAAAUCACUACUUUGACCAAUGAUUUCAAGACAAUAUCUUCGUUUCUGCUCAAAUCAAUGGAGGUGGCCCUUGAAGUUCCACAAGGAUUAUUUGCGGAAAACCACUCAAAAAUGCUGGAAGGAGAUGACGUGAACAUGACCACCUUGAGAAUGAUCUACUACCCGGCGAUCGUGGAUGAUGAGCCAGGUCAGAGUGAGGGAGCCAUUCGGUGUGGUGCUCAUGUGGAUUAUGGCACCUUCACCCUUCUCUCACAGGAUUCAGAAGGCGGAUUGGAGGUGCAACUUCCAGGAUCGGAGAAAUGGCAAAGAGUGGGUCAUCUGCCAGGAGCCAUACUAAUAAAUGGCGGGGAACUUUUAUCUAUAUGGACAAAGCAGCGUUAUCAUGCUUUGCCCCACCGUGUCGUUAUACCCGAACAAGAACAAAUUCGAACUCGAGGGCGACAUUCAAUAGCCUUUUUCGUUCAUCCAGAUAAUACAACGCCUAUUGAUCCGCAAGAUAUUCAGAAGGAUGAGCCUUCUACCAGUAAUGAGACAAUUUACACUGCAUAUGAGCUAAUUCAGAAAAAGUUCAACGACACGUACGGCCAACGUUCGUAAUCUGGUAGAUUAACUAAUCUGGGUCAAACAAUAGUUAUUACUACACUAGUGCUGAUUACACAUGUAUCUCAAGGGAACUGUAUUAAAUAAAGAUUAUAAAUUAACUGUUUUUGUUAAGGAAAA